AUGGCAGCUAUGGGUCUUCCGGCUCUCGACUUCCCGUGGCGCAGACAACCGAGCCCCAAGGUGCCUGUUCCCCCGUGGACUGCCAAGCGACCUCACUUCGUCCAUGAAUUGAUCGCCCGCUUGGAUCGCUACUGCCUGAUUCGAGUGAACGGGACCCCUGCCUCCGGGAAGACCACGAUGCUGAAUCUCGUCGCCAACGAGUUGCUCGCGCGCCACCCGACCACUCCGAUCUAUAUCCUGGACGGCUGGGAAGAGGCAAGGGUCGAGAGAGCCGGCGGCUGGACCCUUUAUCUGAAAGCACUGAUCGGGGUCCCCGAACCUAUGGAGUGCGCUCUUCAAGUCCUGCGGGCCCGGCGAUGCGGCGAAGAUCGUCCUGUUCGCCCGCUACGGCACGGCCGCAGACGACGACCAUCAACCAUUCAAGACCACCCGAUGAUGACCUUCCUUCCGCACCAGCAGAUAUCCCUCCGGCCAGACGAAGCGAUCGACCCGGAGUGGAAGCCGAUUGGCUUGCUGCUCGAGGAGAGCGAAGCCAACGACAUCCUUCCACGCUUUCUGCCCACCGUGAUUCCAGAGAGUGAGCAGCUCUUGACGGACGAAUUGAACCACGGACUGUUCCUGACCAGUGGUGGGCAUGCUGGGCUCUUUACAUCCCUUAUACAUGUCCUGCGAGCGAUACCGAGCCGCCGCCCCCUCGACUGGAAAACCGCAUGCGACGGGCUUUUCGGUGAUGGUGCGCUGUUCUUCGAGCUUCUGAGGACGACCAUCUUCUCCCGAGGCUUGCCGAGACAGAGGAUGAUGCAAAACUCCGCUUACGCGACGGUUCUGAAGCAUGCCAUUGCUUGCGACGGAACGACCCGGUCGAGCUUUCCCAGCGACUUGAAUGAAGAGCGGGCGCUCGAAGAUAUCUGGAGAAACGGAUGGCUCCAUGCAGAGCAGAUGGAGGGAGGAGAGACAUACUACAUGUUCCCCACACAGGUUCAUCGGUGUUCCUCUUCAAGCCAAACCACCCCCGAGAAGAACUCGUCUAUCAGUCCCCUCUCGAGAAUGGCGGUCGACGCGAUCCGCAGAUUCCACCCCAACCAGCUCUGCGAUACUCCUGCUCUGCCGAUUGAAGCCCAAUGUCAGCAGGAGUUCUACCGCUACCUCUUCCCACUGCUCAUCGAACGCCACAUCACCAUCGCCCCGGAGUCUCUGAUCAAGACGGGGAUCCGGAGCGGGCGGAUGGAUUUCCUGGUGCCCCAGAAGCAGUGGGGGGUAGACCUACUUCGCAGCGGCGACCGGAUCCAGCAGCAUAUGCAACGCUUCAAGCACAAGGGGCCGUACUUCCCCCUGCUGAGGGACAAGCUGAUCCAGGAGUAUAUUGUUCUGAAUUUCACCCGCACACCACCGCGGAAACGCUAUCCAGCAUAUCGCGGUCAUCUGUAUCACGUUGUCUUCUCGGAAGAUUUUCGAAGCGUUCGCGUCGUCGACGCCUCCGAUCUGAGCGAAGUCAUCACCUUGGUUCUGGCCGAGAACGCAUUCUUUUUUCGCUAG